GAUGGACUCAAUUCUUUGGUCCUUGAUCUUGACUUCCCUGCACUGCGAAAAAACAAAAAUAUCGACAAUUUCCUCCAUAAAUAUGAAAAAGUCGUGGGUGAUGUUCGAAAUCUGCAGAUGAAAGCAGAAGAUUACGAUGUAGUGAAAGUCAUCGGCCGAGGGGCCUUUGGUGAAGUCCAGCUGGUCCGGCACAAAACCACACAGAAUGUAUAUGCAAUGAAACUUCUUAGUAAAUUUGAAAUGAUCAAAAGAUCGGACUCUGCUUUCUUCUGGGAGGAAAGAGAUAUCAUGGCCUUUGCAAACAGCCCUUGGGUAAUUCAGCUGUCCUGUGCCUUUCAAGAUGACAAGCACCUGUACAUGGUGAUGGAGUACAUGCCGGGUGGUGAUCUUGUAAACCUUAUGAGUAACUACGAUGUGCCUGAGAAGUGGGCCAAAUUCUACACCGCCGAAGUGGUCCUUGCCCUCGAUGCCAUUCACUCCAUGGGUUUGAUCCACCGAGACGUUAAACCAGACAACAUGCUGCUGGAUAAGCAUGGACACGUCAAGCUGGCCGACUUUGGCACCUGUAUGAAGAUGGAUGAUACGGGUAUGGUGCGCUGUGACACCGCAGUUGGAACGCCGGACUACAUAUCACCCGAAGUACUGAAGUCUCAGGGAGGAGACGGUUACUACGGACGGGAGUGUGACUGGUGGUCUGUGGGGGUCUUCUUAUUCGAGAUGUUGGUUGGGGACACUCCAUUCUAUGCAGACUCUCUAGUUGGAACAUAUAGUAAGAUCAUGGAUCACAAGAACACAUUAAAUUUCCCAGAAGAUGUGGAAAUUUCCAAGCAUGCCAAGAACCUCAUCUGUGCCUUCCUAACAGAAAGAGAGGUGCGCCUCGGGAGGAAUGGCAUAGAGGAGAUCAAACAGCACCCCUUCUUCAAGAACGACCAGUGGACCUGGGACAACAUCCGAGAGACGGCUGCCCCUGUGGUCCCCGAGUUGAGUAGUGACAUUGAUACCAGUAAUUUUGAUGACAUUGAAGAUGACAAAGGAGAUGUGGAGACCUUCCCAAUCCCUAAAGCCUAUGCUGGGAACCAGCUGCCUUUCAUUGGCUUCACCUAUUAUCGUGAAAACCUAUUGCUGAAGGACCCUGCCCAAUUCAAGGAAGAGAAGGCUACAGCCAUACAUCCCACAAAAGAGGAAUCUGCACAGCUCCAGAAAACUAUUCAGCAGCUAAAGGAGAAGCUCCACAAUGAGGUGCAAAGCAAAGAAGAGCUUGAGCACAAGUACAGGUCCAUAACUUCUCGGUUGGAGAAGACAGUGAAGGAGCUGGAUGAAGAGGUGAAUUCUCGGAAGAACUUGGAGUCUACUAGUCGACAGCUGGAGAGAGAGAAAGCUCUUCUACAGCACAAGAGUGUCGAGUACCAAAGAAAAAUUGAAAAUGAAGCGGAGAAGAAGCGCAGUCUAGAAAAUGAAGUGACUAGCCUUAAGGAUCAACUUGAAGACCUGAAGAAGAGAAACCAAAAUUCUCAAAUCUCCAAUGAGAAAAUUAAUCAGCUCCAAAGACAGCUGGAUGAGGCCAAUGCUCACUCACGGACAGAAGCUGACGCGGCCACCCGUUUACGGAAAACCCAGAAUGAAAUGUCCAAACAGUUCCAGCAGCUGGAAACAAACAAUCGUGAACUCCAGGAUAAGACGUGCAUGUUGGAGAAUGCCAAACUCAAGUUAGAGAAAGACUACAUCAACCUGCAGUCUGCUCUUGAGUCUGAAAAGAGAGACAAGACGCAAGGCUCAGAGAUCAUCACAGACCUUCAGGCCCGGAUAUCUGCUCUUGAGGACGAAGUAAAGAAAGGGAAGGAUCUCUUGGCUCGGACGGAACAAGAGAAGAGACAGCUGCACGAUCGAUAUGGUGCCCUGGAGAAGGAAAAGAACAACCUGGAGAUUGACAUGACAUACAAGCUGAAAGCACUGCAGCAAUGUGUGGAGAAGGAGGAAGCUGAGCACAAAACCACCAAGGCACGGCUGGCUGACAAGAACAAAAUCUACCAGUCUAUUGAGGAGACCAAGUCAGAAGCCAUGAAAGACACGGAGAAGAAACUGCAAGAGGAACGCCUGUCCAAACAGAGGCUGGAGAACAACCUGCUGGAGGCAGAGAAGCAAUGCUCCAUGCUGGACUGUGACCUUAAACAAGCCAAACAGAAGAUCAAUGAGCUGGAGACCCUCAAGGACAAACUCACUGAGGAUGUUAAAAACCUAACAUUAAAAACUGAGCAGGAGACGCAGAAGCGUAGCUUGACUCAGAACGACUUGAAGAUGCAGCUGCAGCAGGUGAACAGCCUUAAGAUGUCCGAGAAACAGCUUAAACAAGAGAUCAACCACCUGACAGAGAUCAGAGCGAGCCUCGAAAAACAGAACUCUGAGCUGCGCAAAGAACGACAAGAUGCAGACGGUCAAAUGAAGGAACUCCAAGACCAGCUGGAGGCAGAGCAGUAUUUCUCUACCCUGUACAAGACGCAGGUGCGGGAAUUAAAGGAGGAGUGUGAGGAGAAGGUGAAGCUGUGUAAGGACUUGCAGCAGAAGGUCCAGGAGCUCCAGGAUGAAAGAGAUUCACUGGCAGCUCAGCUGGAGAUUACUCUGACCAAGGCAGACUCUGAGCAGUUGGCCCGCUCCAUUGCUGAGGAGCAAUACUCUGACCUGGAGAAGGAGAAGAUCAUGAAAGAGCUGGAGAUCAAGGAAAUGAUGGCUCGCCACAAACAGGAGCUCGCUGAGAAAUACGCUACUAUAAGCUCUCUUGAAGAUGCUAACAAGACACUAACUACUGAUGUGGCCAACCUGGCUAAUGAGAAGGAGGAUCUGAACAAUAAACUGAAGGAGGCCCACGAAGAGAUUCAAGAUCUGAAAGAGCAAGAAAGCGGCAUCAUAAUCAUUAAAACACAGUUUGAGAAGCAGCUGCUGACUGAGAGGACUCUGAAGACUCAGGCUGUGAACAAACUGGCUGAGAUCAUGAACAGAAAAAUUCCCUCCAAAGGUGGAGCUGACACAGACGUUCGUAGAAAGGACAAGGAGAAUAGGAAGCUGCAGCUGGAUCUGAAAUCAGAGAGGGAGAAACUCAAUCGUCUCGUCUUCAAGUAUCAGAAGGAGCUGAACGAGAUGCAGGCGCAAAUAGCAGACGAGAGCCAGGUGCGCAUUGAGCUGCAGAUGGCGCUAGACAGCAAGGACAGCGACAUUGAGCAGCUCCGGUCACAGCUGCAAUCAAUCCACAUUGGCAUGGACAGCACAAGUAUUGGCAGCGGACAUGGUGACAUCGAUAAUGAUGAUGGCUUCCCAGAAUCCAGAUUGGAAGGAUGGUUGUCGCUUCCUGUGCGCAAUACCAAGAAAUUUGGAUGGAUUAAAAAGUACGUGGUUGUUAGCAGCAAGAAGAUCCUGUUUUAUGACAGUGAGCAGGACAAAGAGCAAUCUAACCCGUACAUGGUGUUAGAUAUAGACAAAUUGUUUCACGUACGACAGGUGACACAGACAGAUGUGUAUCGAGCGGACGCCAAGGAGAUACCUAGGAUAUUCCAGAUCUUAUAUGACAAUGAAGGAGAAAGCAAGAAGGAACAGGAAUUCCCGGUGGAUCCCGCUGAGAAGUCGAACUACAUUUGUCACAAGGGUCACGAGUUCAUCCCCACCCUCUAUCACUUCCCGACCAGUUGUGAUGCCUGCAUGAAGCCCCUGUGGCACAUGUUCAAACCACCUGCUGCCUUAGAGUGUCGACGCUGCCAUAUCAAAUCCCACAAGGACCACAUGGAUAAGAAGGAGGACAUGAUAGCACCUUGCAAAGUAAACUACGAUAUUUCCACGGCGAAGAAUCUACUGUUACUAGCAAACUCCACAGAAGAGCAGCAGAAGUGGGUGAGUCGGCUGGUGAAGAAAAUCCCCAAGAAGCCACCAGCACCUGAUCCCUUUGCCCGCUCCUCUCCAAGAACUUCCAUGAAGGUACAGCCAAACACGUCAAUCAGGCGGCCUAGUCGACAGCUUCCUCCAAACAAACCCAGCUAACUGCCUUCUGUGAAUGCAGUACCCAUUUCAAGAUGAUGAUUUCUUCCAGCGAAAUGAAAAAAAAAAAAAGACUGAAUGCAAAAUACGAUGUCCUGUAAUGUCAAAAAAUUUAAAUAUAUAUUUUUUUCCUGAGAGACUGUGCUAUAUAUAUCAGAGGUUUACAAAGUCGUUGCUGCAAUAUAUAAAGGAGAGGAAAAAAACCAAAACCCUUAACUAGUGUAUUUUGCCUGUUGAGUGGCUUUGCUCAGGGUGGUCAGAGGUAACUGGGAAUUCAUGGAAAACAGACCCUGGAUUAUUGCCCUUAGCUCAGCGUCCGAGCUCUCAGGUAACGCCCCCUCCGAGUCCUCCAAACGAGAAAAAAAAAAGUGACAUCUUUUGAACAGUGAUUUUUUUUCUCAGCACUGAACCAUCUACAUCACCCGAGGACGGCCGACAGAGCUGGUUACCAGAUCCAGAAAGGUUCCUCCUCAGAAUAUCACACUACAUAUGGACUACAAACACGGGCCCGCCGUCAUAACCGUCGGGGGGACCCCCCUCCCAUGCUGUGUAUAGCUCCGAUGCAGCCAAUCGGUGAGCUCCGUAGUGGAAGACCUUUAUACCGUGUAUAUAUUCCUAGCGUACCGUACUGCAGAAACGGCUAUGUCAGAACGCCACCGUUUUAUUUUUGUACUCCUCGACCGAUACCUUGCCGUCGCACCUAUGCACGUGUACAAAGCCAUAGUGUUUUUACCCUGUGUCCCCCAUUUCGAGGGA